UUGAGGCGGGGUGGGGAUGGGCGUGACCGAGAUGUCUGGGGGCGUGGUCGUGACUCCUGGGGGCGUGCCCGAGGCGAGAUCGGGGCGUGACCGGGACUUCUGGGGGCGUGACCAGGAUGCAAGCUGGGCGUGUCCGGGACUGCCGGGGCGUGGCCAGGGCGUGACCGGGAUUCCUUUGGGCGUGGUCGGGACUCUCUGGGGCGUGGCCUUGCGGCGGAAAUGGCGCCAGGAUUCAAAGCUCCGGUGGCGGCGGAAGUGGCGGUUGGUGCGGCCUGAGGGGCUCCGGCGGGCUCGGGGCGGGGGAUUGAGGGGAGUGAAGGGCCGGGCCCGCGGCGGUGCCGGGAUGGUGCUGCCCUCGAAGGAGCCGCGCCGGGGGCCCGGGCAGCCCACGGGGAGGCCGCAGUGCCGGGUGCUGGCCGAGAGGAACCAGAGCGGGGCUGCCGUGGGCGUCUGGGUGGAGAGCGCGCCCGGGCAGCAGAGCCCGGCCUUUGCUUCAGCAUCCCGGGUGGAGGAGGAGCUGAAGGAGCAGCAGCGGAAGAAGGCAGCCAGCCUGAGGAGAUUCCAGGGCGAGGUGAGGCAGCGGGUGAACCGGCAGGCCAGGCUGCGCCGCAGGCUGGAGCUGCAGAAGGCCUAUGAAGCAGCGGAGAGGGAGAGCUGUGCUGCUGUGCAGUACUCGACCCCCUGGAAGAACACGUGCCUGUUCCAGAGCUUCCCUGCUCCCAUCAUCCGUGCACCCAGUGCUGGCUCUGGCCCAGUCCAGCCAGAAGAGGAGCAUGGGGAGCCUUUCCAGCAGCAAGCUGCCGAGCUCAGCAGGGCUGUGCAGCAGGUGCGGCGCAGGCUGGCCUCCCGCAGGAUCCUGUCCCGCGUGUCCCCCGGUGCCUGGAGGCAGGAGGAACCAGACCCUUGCCCAGCAGCUGAGGUGCCCAUGGAGGAGAGUGAGGAGCUGCUGCUGGCAGGACACCACGAUCUGCCUGCUGAGCUGCUGGAGCAGGGCACAGCUGCACAUGACACUGGGCAGGAUGAUGGCUUCUACCUCAAAAUUGAGUUUGAAAAAGUCUGUGGUGGGUUGAAGGACUCGAGCCUGCCUGGGCCCCCUGGGAGGCCACACAGUGAAUGCCAACCUCCCCUCAAACUCUGGGCUGGUGUUGACCAAGAGGAAGCCAGGAAGCAGCGGCAGAGCGAGUUCCUGCGGCGCCGGCGCCUCUGCAUGGCCCUGGAGCGGGAGCGAGCGCGGCAGCACCAGCGGCAGCAGGAGAGGCAGCAGAGAGUUGCCCAGAUUAAGAGGCAGAAGGAGAAUCAGCGCCGGGCAGAGGAGCAGAGGAUGAGAGACAUGGCUGAGCAGAGAGAGCCCUCCCCAGGAGAGGGAACCUGGGAAGCCCUGGCCCAGCUCCAGCUGGAGGAGAAGAGAGUGAGGGACAAACAGCAGCGGGAUAAGGAGCACAUGAGGUAUGUUGAAGCUCUGAGAGCCCAGAUGAGGGAGAAAGUCAAACUCUGCAAAAUUGACUUGCCCCCACUGUGUUCCUGUGGGUCUGAUUUCUGGGAUUCCCACCCGGAUACCUGUGCCAAUAACUGCAUCUUCUACAAAAAUCACAAAGCCUACAGCCAGGCGCUGCACUCGGUGAUCUCCUCCUGUGCCCAUGCAGCCGCGCACUCUCUGCAGGACUUGGCUGCUCCCUCUGCUCGCUCGGGGAAGCGUCUGGGACCGAGGAGCUCCGUGUGCCAGCAGCUGGGGUGAGCAGGGAGUGGGGCUGUGCCGUGUCCUGCCUGCCCCUCCAUGCCAGCUGCCAGGACGGCAUCACCUUUGCCCUCCUGGAUUGUGCUGUGCCUCUCCCACUGUGCCCCAGGGGUGCAGCUGGCCGGGGCGAUGGUCGAGGUGAAGGAAGCAAUUGCUCUCUGGGGUUGGUUUAUGGCAGGCACGUGCAUUCCACUAGCUGACUAUUGACAACAUAUCCUUAUUGACUGAUCAUUAUUGUGGAAUAAACUGCUUUUAAAGAU